UGUAAAGAUGUGUACAGAGACUGGGCGAGCGGAGAUAAUAUACGGGGUAGAUCGUUCGCAGAAUUGGCUGCCUUCUGUUAGUAUGUACCGCUGUUUUUCUGCUGAAUCUUGGCCGAUUUUUUAAGCCAACCUAUGCGGUUUUGCCCGAACAGAAAGGAUAACCGGUUUGGAAGCAAACGGCAGUACUGAAAUACCCUUUUUCUUCCCUCAAACAAGAAUGGGGUCUUCGCCGACGCAGCGGAGGUAGAGUGACCUUUAGUUUUGUUCUUUUCAUGGCAGAUUUGCUGGAUUUGCAGGGAAGCGGCGGGGCGAUGCUGAUGCUGGAGACGCCGCGGCGUGAUAUCGGUACAAAAACAGCAGCUGCAGCAGCAGGCAGCGCAGACGGCGACAGCGGUACCGGUGCACCCACUUCGCCUUUACUCAUUGUCGGCGGUGCUCGCCUCUGUCAGCACGUACUAGAGGAGCGUGAUCAGCAGGCGGACUGCCCGGCCCAGCGGCCCGGACCAGCCGAGGACACCCUGGAGGCGUCGCUGAGCAAGUCGCACUCCUCCCUGAAUCUGGUACCCUGUGACGCCUCCGUAAAUAACACGCAAAGCGACCCUGGUGCAUCCGCCGCCCGAUCAGAGGGGGUGGAUGGCGAUGUGUGGAAAUGUGGCUACCUGAGAAAGCAGAAGCACGGCCACAAGCGCUUCUUCGUGCUUAGGGGACCCAGCCACACGGGCCCCAGCCGUCUGGAGUAUUAUGACAGUGAGAAGAAAUUUCGGAACAGCCUGCGCUUUGCCUCCACCUCUAGCACUGCCUGCCCUGCGAAGAGGGUGAUUUAUCUUUAUCAGUGUUUCACCGUUAAUAAGAGGGCGGAUGCCAAGAACAAGUACCUCAUCGCUCUGUACACCAAGGAUGAAUGCUUUGCCAUGAUUGCGGAGAAUGAGCAGGAGCAGGAGGAUUGGUACCUGGCGCUGAGCGACCUGAUGAGUGAGGGCAAGAAGGGACACUUGGAGGCAGAUGAGCUGGAUGACAGCUAUGGUGCUGAUGGUCCUGGGGCUGUAUUUAAGGAGGUGUGGCAAGUGAACGUGAAACCCAAAGGCUUGGGGCAGACUAAGAACCUGACUGGAGUGUACCGACUGUGCCUUUCAGCAAAGACCAUGCACCUGAUGAAGCUUAAUGCGGAGACGCCUUGUGUGAAUCUACAGCUGAUGAACAUCCGCCGCUGUGGGCACUCUGAAAGUUUUUUCUUCAUUGAGGUGGGUCGCUCCUCUUCCAUUGGACCUGGCGAGAUCUGGAUGCAGGUGGAUGACUCCGUGGUGGCACAGAGCAUGCACGAGACCAUCCUGGAGACCAUGAAGGCACUGAAGGCUUUCGCGGAGUUCCGGCCCCGCAGCAAGAGCCAGUCAUCUGGCUCUAAUCCCAUUGCCUUCAUCACCACCCGUCGCCUCCUAGGCAACCUCCCGCCAAGCCAGACAGGCCUGCAGCGCCGUUCACGGACUGAAACGGUAGUGGGGACCCCUCCAGCUGGGAAGAGCUCCACUGUGAACAGCUACCGAUUUCGCACAUCAAGCGAGGGUGAGGGCACCAUGAGCCGGCCUUACCGCUCGGUGACGGGCAGCUUGAUUCACCUUAACUCUGCCAGAGCCAACCUGGCUCGGCCAGAGGGCGCCGGCCGCUAUAUGCGAGCCAUACCGAGCUCCAACUACCACACUCGCUCUGCCUCUCUCCCAGUCUCCCACUUCCCCUCUAACAGCAGCCCGGUCAGUGUCUCCAGUAGCAGCGGGCAUGGCUCAGUCUCCGAGGCACUCACACGGCCCUCCAGCGCCUCCAUCUGUGGAUCGCCAAGUGAUGGUGGCUUUGCCUCCUCCGAUGAGUACGGCUCCAGCCCCUGUGACUUCCGCUACUUCCGGGUGAGGAGCAACACCCCGGACUCCUUGGGAAAUACCCCACCAAUCCGCGAGGAGAACAGCUUGAGCGACUACAUGGCCAUGGACAGACACCGUGAGGCAGUGGGAGGAGCAGAAGGUCUCCAAGAUGAGACUGUGUUUGAGGAAAGACCCACUCGCAAACUGACAAGUUCCUCCAGGCCUCCAAGCAGUAGCAACAGCGGUGUAUCAGCUACAUAUCAGAAGACAACCCAGACAACCCCAUCUCUAGAUGAGCCGGAUGGCAGCUCUUUCGGGAGGAGAUCUCUGCAGGCCUAUUCAUCUCCCACCAAGACUGGCAAUAUCCUUUUCUUGGACCAGUACUGUGAGACUAAGCCACCUUCGCUCCAGGAUGAUCCACAGAAGCCCAAAGAUGAUGGCUACAUGCCAAUGAUGCCAGGGGUAGCAUCUUUGCGAGACACUGACUACAUGCCGAUGCAGCCACACUCUUGUCUCCCCGCAUCCUCCUCCCAGCAGAUGGACACCCAGGGCUACAUGAUGAUGCUCCCCCGGGCUGGCCCCUUCCCGGCACAGACUAGCCCUCGUGGUGGUGGGAACAGGCCGAAAGAUGGUGAGUACAUGGACAUGUCCCAGGGUGGGGGCACGCAUCAGGCGAGGGGUGACGGGUAUUACGCGCCAACUCCCCCAGAAACCCCCAAGUCCUACAGCUCCUACUUCUCCCUGCCACGGUCCUAUAAAGCCCCUGAACGGGACAGCCAUAGCGAGUAUGUGCCCAUGUGCUCCCCAGCGAAAGUGCUUUAUGCUGGGGACGAAUGCAUCAGCAGCAGCCCUGUGAAAGACCCGCCCAUACCCCUCAUGUUGCACAAUGGCUGCGGUGAGCUACACCAUUCAGACAAGCAUCUAGUGCGACCCACCCGGCUCUCCCUGGACCAGCAGAAGGCAAGUGAGUCCCCUGAUCCUCCAGCCCCACCAGCCAGCCCAGGGGAGUACAUCAACAUUGAUUUCCGAGACAGGCCAGCAUUCACACCCUGCUCCAUGUCCACCGAUGGCUCUCCUUCCUCUUUGGGUUCCGCUGGGGAGCACCGGCGCUCUCCACUUCAUGAGGAUUACAUGAGCCUGGAGACGGACAGCCACCCAGACCAGGCUCUCUCCCCACAGCUCUCACUUGUGGCUCCUUGGAAUCCCCCCAGCUACAACAGGUCCCCAGUGUUGGCCUCAAUGCUGUGUAGUGAUGGCCAAGUGGACGACUACACGGAGAUGACAUUCUGCUCGAGUGAGAAGGGUUGCAAACUGGUGGUUCAGCCGUGUGAUGUGGGAUGUCGCUUCCCACAACUGCCCCCUACCAGUCCAAAAAGAGAGCCGAAAGUCAUUCGGGCUGACCCCCAGGGUAGGCGGAGGCACAGCUCGGAGACAUUUGCCUCCACGCCGGCUGGGAUCACAUGCACCAGUAGUAGUGCCCUAAUGCCAGCGGGUCCCCAUCUGGCAGAUGGUGCAAAGUGGCACAGCUCGGUGUCAUUUGACAGUGUCUGGCUGCACAUGGAGGCUGCCGCCACACCUGAUGCAGGCUCCUCACCAGCUCCUACUGAGGCAGGCUGUGCCCCAGGAGGACGCAUAUUCCGGAACACCUCUGCUGGCUACCAAAAUGGCCUCAAUUACAUUGCUCUGGACCUGAGGGAGGAGCCCCAGCCCAACUGUGGUGGCAGUGGCGCCCCCCUCGCAAUUCCUCCCUCGCCGCCGGCCUCACUGUCCCUUGCCGAAAAUGCGCCCUACGCUAGCAUAGACUUCUCCAAGUCAGAAGUGCUGACGUCCAUCUCAAAAGAAUGAAGACGGAGAGUCCUGGAAGGUGCACUGUGAAUCAGCAUCACCCAUCGCUGGUGCUCCAGUCUGCUCAAACCCCCACCCCUCCCCCCAGUUCUGAAGGAGGACCCUACCCAGCACCUCCCAGUAACAUUGGACUCUUGCUUUGCAUUUUUCUGGGAGCAAAAGUAGCAGCAGUGUGUGGCUCCACCUCCCUUUGCACCUCCUAUCACUGCUCCCUUUGCACCUUCUUGUGCUCCUCUCUACCUCCCACUGCUCCUCCUUCCAUACCUUCCACUGCUCCUCCCUUGACCCCUCCCUCUGCUCAGUCUCUGCGCCUCCCUCUGCUCCUUCUUGUUUAAUUUGCUGUGAUAUUUAUCACCAGCCUGGGGAUCGGGUAUCGCUGUCCACAGUGAUCGCAGAGCUUUUAAAUCUCGCCCUUAUGCUGAUCACCACCUCAGCAACAUGUUCAUUACUCCAGUAUUUGCAAUGCUCUGAAGUACAGCGCCAAAAAUAGACCAAUGAUGUGGAAUUUGACCCAUCCGUAACAGAGCAGUCGCGCUUUCAGUACGCAUGUCGUUGCAGGCUCAGGUCACCUGCGGCAUCGCUGUUGCUACAACUGUCAACCAGCAGGUGGUGACGUAAGGGGUUUCCGGGAACUCGAGCCUGGCAUGCUGGGCAUUUCUGCUGGCUGAAUCGGCUGUGGAGAUGGAUAUCAGCUGGCAGCCCAGCAUCCCCCCGCUUACGUACACUGCCUCUUUACUUUCCUCCUCUAGUCGCCAACUAUGUCCUAGAUGCACUUGGGGGGAGGGGGGAGGGGGGAGCAGGGCCAGCAACGGGAGAAUCCGUCAACUGAAAUGGUGACCUGCUUGGGUUGGCAUUGGUACGAGGGUGGACGAGUCGCCCAUCAGGAUUUAGCCAAUUUCUGCGUCUUUGCCCUGUGGUGUCGUCAGCCAGGAUCUGGAUUUGCCGGCCAAUGGGAGCAAAGCUAGGCGCCUCACAGCCUGAUAGGAGGAAGCCCUGCUUUCUGUUUGAACGAGGCACUUUGAGCUUAGAGCAGUACAAAUCGGAUGACAUACAUUGGAUUUUGGCUUCUGUUACCUUUAGGUUUUCUAGUACAUGUUGAAAUGGUACAGAAUCUAAACAGCAUGCUGUGGCCCGCGUUCCACAUGUUCUUUGGUUCUUUGGCACACUGUUUUUACCUCAUUCCCAUAAUACAGUAACACAUGAAUUUUUCUUUAAAAGGGUCUGUUUUCCACAAAUGGCCAAAUGGGAUUAAACAUAGAGAUGUGUAGAUGGUGGUGUCCUGUUUAAAAACAAAUGCUGUGCAGAAUCCAGUGUUUUAUACCAACUCGCCAUCCGUGUUUUUGAUGCUGACCCUCUUGGGGGUGAAGUGGGUGGGUCUCUCACUGUGUAAUCUUGGUUACACUUUAAUCAUAAAAAGUGAUUAUCUCGGAAAGGGAGGGGGCACCACAUUGUCCUCUAUGAUAUGGUACCCAGCUUUUUAGUUACAUAUGAGUAAGGCUUAAAGGUCUUCUUAAAUCGCACCCCCUGCCUCCCCAACCCAGUGGUACAUGCCAGUGCGCAACCAUUAUGGUACUUGUACUAACACAGUUAUUGUUGUGGGAUUAAUGCUGUUCAGUGGAAGCCCUUAUCUUCUGGUGGAUGGUUCUGAUGAAAGUCUAUGUGGCUUGUUACAUCUUAUUCUGGACAGAGGUGUUGAUGAAAAGCGAUACAGUAGCUUGUUAGCUUUAUAAUGGCAACGCAUGUUGUCAGUUUUGGGGGGGCGGGAUGGGGAUUGGUAUAUGACCAGUUGUAAAUGUAUAGUAUAUUUAACAAGUUUGGCCUUUGAUAUGCUGUUUUUUUUUUUGUUCUGUUAAUAUGCAUUUAGAUAUAAUGCCAAGAUUUGGAGUAGUUUAUUGAAAAAUUAUGUCAUAUCAAUUGAGACUCGCAGGUACAUUAUGCAACUUCUGUUUUUUUUUUUUUUUUUAACUCUUUUGUAUUUCGUUUACAAAGCAGAAAUAUUCUCAAUUGUUUGGUAUUGUGUUGAAUAGUUGCAUCUACUGGGUGAGGGGGCAGUUUCCACACAAAAGAGAGGCAUACAGGGAGCGGGCAGACACUCUCAGAGAGUGUGCCAGCAUCCUGCAGUUUUAUAAUCCUUCGCACACUGUUUUGUAAUUAUUAAGAGGUAUUUGCUGCUCUGUGGUACAAAUAACAAUAACUGAUGCUGGUGAUGCCAGUGCUGGGAGAAACAUCAUUUUUGUGUGCCCCUUGAUUUUUUUUUUGUAGCGACUCAGAGUGGUAGUACAAGUCUACAGAGAGGUACUCCACAUAUGUGCAUUAUUUCUGUGGUAUAUGAAAUGAGGAAAGAUAAAAUCUGAAUUGUUCAGGCUGUACUUGGCUGUGUCUUCCACUGUAAAUAAUGAUUGUUUUUCUUACAUUUUUUUUCUUUCAAGGGAUCAGGGGUUACAGCAGAAGAAUUUUCAUCAUUGUAUAAUGUUUAUAUUUAUCUGACUUUUUUUUGCUUUCAAUAGAAAUAUUGCAAUAAAAUGUGUUAAUGUAUCCGCCGGA